ACUUUAUUAUGUACAUUUUAACUGAAGAGUUCAGUUAUGUAAAAAAAAAAGACAAGGUCAUUGACUAAACUAUUUUGAGAUGACUAAUUAUUAUAAGAUUGUCUGAAACUGGAGAGCCUAAUCAAAACGCCUUCAGUUACUAGUUAAUUGUACAUGUUAUAACAACUGACGAAUCAACUAAAAUUUUCUUUUAAACCUAUUAUAAUUUAUUUCAGUCUAAAAUGGCUUGGCAGAUAAUAAGCAUAUUUUUAAUAAUGAUAUUACUACUCAUCGAAUUAAACGUAUCAUUAUCACAAACUUUAAAUGCAUCAUUUGCUCAAAAUCAAAAGGAUUCCAUAGACACUUCAAUAUCAAAAAAUGUAUGGAACAUAAGUUCAGUUAACAAUGAAAUCCCAUCGUCACAAAUAGCUGACUUAUUUUACAAGGCUUUCGCUAACUUUACUGUUAGUCGAACUAACAACUCUGCAUGUCGCAUUCAAACAGAAUUAUAUAUCAAGCAUUUAAAAAAUCAUUCAUACUGGGCCACACAAAUGGCAGAUUCAUGGAGUCGUUAUCCUACUGGAAUAUUAGUCGGAAACAAUUAUCAAAUGGGUGUUUAUGACGAAUGUACAGAUGUUAAAUUUCCUAUUCGUGGUCAAUAUUGUCUAUCAGAUAUAACACUAUAUACUUCUUCAUCAUCUAAUCAUUCUAUCGACAUCCAGAAUGCUUACAAUGCUUAUAAUAAUUCUUGGGAUCAAAUACUUAGAUGGGUUGAACAUCCAAAUCAAAUGCCUCGGAAUAAUUUAAAAUUUGGUAUUUGUGUACCAGAAUCUUGCAAAGCCUUGGACGUUCAAAAUUCCUUACAAUUUUCACUGGAUCAAGUGUUCUUUCCAAAAAAAAUAAAAGCUAUUGCUUUUGUUGACCCUAUUCUGUGUUCUAUAAGCACAGAUUUAUAUCCUUAUACAACAGGUUAUUAUUUAACAAGUGCAACAUUUUGUGUGUUAUGUUUAAUUUGUUGUAUGGCUACAUCAGUUCAUUUCAUUUCUUUGUUCAAAAAAGAAAACAAGAAGAACGCAAAUAAAAGCAAUGGAAUAUUACAUUCGUUUUCUUUUAUAAAAAAUGGCAAGGAAUUAUUAUCAUAUGACAAAGACAACAUUUUGAAUAUAAUGAACGGUUUCAAAUUAUUAAUCAUGAUAUUUUUAUUAUUUGGACAUCGAUAUAUGUAUAUGGUCGGUAUGCCCUUAAGCUAUCCUAAAGAUUUAGAAACAACUUACACUGAUGGCCCAGACAUUUUAUUAACUAGUAUGAAUUUAGUUGAUCCAUAUUUUUUUAUGAGUGGUUUUUUAGUAUAUACAAUGCUAUAUUCUACUUUAUCUGGUAAUGGAUCUUUCUCCUACAAACUGUUUAUACCAAUAAUUUAUAGAAUAAUAAGAAUGAUGCCAGGGUAUAUUGCCGUAAUAGUUUUCACUGCUCAAUUACUACCUCACUUUGGUGACGGACCGUUUUGGAAGCAAAAAACAUGGGAUGAAGCAAAUAUAUGUAAAGACUACUGGUGGACAAAUAUAUUAUUUAUAAACAACUUUAUUGACGUUAAAUAUCAAUGUCUUAUUGUAAGCUGGUAUGUUGCAUGUGACAUUCAUUUUUACGUAGUUGGUGUAAUAUUAUUGUACAUUCACACAAAAAACCAGAAAGUGGGAUUAGGAAUAAUUAUUGUUUUGAUAUUUCUCUCAUUAGCCAUGCCAUUUUACAUAACUUUAAUAACAAAAUCAGAUGGUAUUGUUAAAGUUGAUAUACCUUUCUUGAAAAAUCCAAGAAGUUCAUUGACAUUUAAUAAAAGCUAUAGACCUAGUUAUACAAGAGCUACACCAUUUUUUAUUGGAUUAGCUAUUAAUUUUCUUGUGAAAAAGCUUAAUGAAAAAAAAUUUAAGAUGUCAUAUACUGUUGUAUAUUUUGGAACACUUGCCUUCACUAUAAUUGGCUUAUGGGCUCAAUUUUACGGAGUACAUUUUUACAAUAAAUUGCGCCCUUACAAUCUCCUUGAAAAUGCUUUAUAUGCAAGCGUUAGUCAUUGUACGUGGACUUUAUUGGCAAGUUGGAUAGUAAUAUGCUAUUUUACAUCCAGUUAUGGACCGUUGGCAAAGAUAUUGAAUAAUCGUUUUGUAGUACCAUUAGGCAGACUCUCGUAUUGUGUCUUCUUAGUAAACCUUACGGUGAUGACUAUUUCCUCAAGUACAGAAAGAUUACCCAUCCAUUUCACAUAUAUUAAUUUAAUAAAUUAUUGUAUGCAUGAUAUUUUCAAAAGUUAUCUAAUUGGAGCUUUGUUGUAUUUUACAAUCGACGCACCUAUUUCUGAUCUCAUAAAGAUUGUAUUUGGAAGAAAACAAAACUAUCGCAAAUCGAAUGAAAAUAAUAAAACUCAAGAAAAUACAUGUAGUCCGGAAGAUACGCAAAAUGAAACAGUCGUGAUCCAGUCUACCAGAUUAUAAAGACUAAAACAUGUUUUUAUGUUGAAUUAGUACAUGAAAAUCAUUUGUCACAAAGUACAAUCCUUCUUAUCUCUAGAGAUAACAUUACAAUAGUUAUACUUUUUUAUUCUAGAGAUUCUAGAGAUUGAAAAACGAAAUUUUCCUAACUAUGGCUGUAUCUAAGACUUAUUAAAAUUUAAUUUUACUUUAAGAA